CCGCUGCUGUCACAACAACAUUUCGCCAUUUCAGGUUUGGCGGAGAAGGGGGGCGCUCUAUAACUCCCGCGAAGGAAUUAGGUCAGCCGAGCGGAGGUGUGUGUUUUUCUUCAUUGAAAACGUUUCUCGCUCGUUCUCGUUUUCCCGACGGCUCUCUUAUCGUGCUCCGAUGCGUGUUACCUGGCUGCUGCCGAUGAACUUUACCAGCGUCGGCCCGGGCUGAAGAGUCGAGUCAGUUGUCGGAUUUUCUAGCUAACAGCUACCAAGCUAGCUGUGUGUAAACAACAAGAUGAAACGGAUGAAAGGAGGAGAGGAGGGAAGCGAUGACUCCUCCUGUGAGAGUCCAGCAGAGGUUUGCAAGAAGGUGCGAAAGCAGUUGAGCGAGGAUUCGGAGCCAGAGGUGGCUGAGUCGCUGGACUGUAACUGGGCACGGCUGCCUCAGGAGCUCCUGCUGCAUAUCUUCCAGUACCUGCCGCUGCUGGACCGGGCUUAUGCCUCCCAGGUGUGCCGUGGGUGGAACCAAGCCUUCCACAUGCCUGAGCUGUGGAGAUGCUUUGAGUUUGAGCUCAACCAGCCAGCCAGCUCUUACCUAAAAGCCACACAUCCAGACCUUAUUAAGCAGAUCAUAAAGAGGCACUCCAAUCACCUGCAGUAUGUCAGCUUCAAGGUUGACAGUAGUACAGAGUCUGCAGAGGCGGCUUGUGACAUUCUUUCACAGUUGGUGAACUGCUCACUGAAGACCUUGGGCCUCAUCUCUACAGCCAGGCCCAGUUUCAUGGAGGUUCCAAAGUCUCACUUCAUCUCCGCCCUGACCGUGGUGUUCGUCAACUCCAAAUCGUUGUCUUCGCUGAAGAUUGACGACACGCCAGUUGAUGAUCCAUCUCUGAAGGUGCUGGUGGCCAACAAUAGCGACACCCUGAAACUGCUGAAGAUGAGCAGCUGCCCUCACGUCUCUCCUGCAGGAAUCCUGUGUGUGGCAGACCAGUGUCACGGGCUCCGAGAGCUAGCGCUAAACUACCACCUCCUGAGUGAUGAACUCCUGCUGGCGCUUUCCUCUGAAAAGCACGUCCACCUGGAACACUUGCGAAUUGAUGUGGUGAGCGAAAACCCCGGGCAGCACUUCCACACUAUCAAGAAGAGCAGCUGGGACGCUAUGAUGCGGCACUCGCCCAAAUUCAACCUGGUCAUGUACUUCUUCCUCUAUGAGGACGAGUUCGGCCCCUUCUUUAAUGAGGAAAUCCCGGUCACACACCUUUACUUUGGGCGCUCAGUGAGCAAAGAGGUCCUGGGCCGAGUGGGCCUCCACUGCCCUCGUUUGGUGGAGCUGGUCGUGUGCGCCAACGGCCUGCGUCCUCUGGAUGAGGAGCUGAUCCGUAUCGCCAAACACUGCACCCAGCUGUCAGCCAUCGGCCUGGGUGAGUGCGAAGUGUCCUGCAGCGCGUUUGUGGAGUUCGUCAAAAUGUGCGGCCGCCGGCUGUCCCAGCUGUCCAUCAUGGAGGAGGUACUGAUUCCAGAUCAUAAAUACUCCCUGGAUGAGAUUCACUGGGAGGUGUCGAAGCACCUGGGCCGGGUCUGGUUCCCAGACAUGAUGCCGACCUGGUAGAGAGUGAAGCCUGUGCUCAGAGUUCAGUAUGUUGGGUUUGUGGUGCGGAACAAUCAUUGCCUCCAUGUUGCGUUGAAAAGCCUCGGCUGGGAAGCUCGACGACAGCAUGGAGAGCAUGAACUUGCUGAACUCCCGUUAGCAGGGCAGGGAUGUAAUGUAGCACUCGACAACAACACAAUGUUAUCACAUUAUCAUGGAAACGCCACAGAAUUCCUGCUCUGCUUAAUCCGCAGAUGGAAUUCAGCAAGCUGGCUUCGGCCCACAGAAGAGCAGGAGGAAAUUUAAAUAAAAAGCAAUGUUUUUAUAACUGCAAAUGGAGUUAUAUGUACAUUAUAGGCUGGUUAUGAUAAUCUGUGUUAUUAGAGGGGUGUGUGUGUGUGUGUGUGUGUGUGCGCGUGAAUGAAUGAAUGUGCGGGUUGGUGUUUACAUGUUUUCCAACAUUGAGCAGUAAAUUGGGACAAUUAGGUGCACAAUUGCAUGUUGUUACGCUACCACUUGACCACAUAAAUCCGGUGCGAGAUAGCAGCUCUGCACUCUGUAACACAAUAUGGCAUUGACCGCAUGGUUAUCUGUACAAAGGAUGCGACAGAAGGUGUAUUUGUCAUGUGUGGCUGAAUUUUGCAGAAGAGUAGCUGGGUCCUACACCUCAUUUUAACCUAAUUUAAAGAACAGUGGCUGUGUUGUUUGUCCUUCUCGCCUGGGGAGCUCCAGUCGUGUCUCACAAAACACGAUUGUUGAACAAAUGGAAGAUGGAGAGAAAAAGAAACGUUUAUAUAGGUCUCUAAAUUUUUGAGUUUUUUUUUUCUCCCCCUGCAUCAAACACAAAUUGGCCUGACAAAUGAUUUCAUCUAUUUUGGAAAAAGGUUUAUGUACAGUUAUAGAUUUCCUAAGCACCUUAGAUGAAUACCAAAUGAUAGAUGGAAUACACCCGGUCCUUGGGACCAAAAAUGGUGAUUAUUUAUACUGUACUGGGGCUUUGUUGAGUCAAAUCCCCAAGUGCAGCAUAUUGAAGUUGUAAAGCUCUAAUUAAAACAAUCAAAUAAUUCUAUGUAAAUAGUGCACAGAGAUGUUUAAAUUUGGAGGUAGAGAUCAGCGGUCUCAGUUCUCCAUGCUCAGAUUGCUUUGUAAUCAUUCAGUAGACUAGUCUGUAUGGCUGUUGGCUUACAGUGCAUGCUGGAAAUGCAAAUCCAACCCAUUUGUUUCUCAGAUGCAUUAAAAUGAAAAUAUUUUCUAUGUAGGUUUCAUUUGUAUCUUCUGCUAUUUGCCUGUUCAAGCUCUAAACCCUGGUUCUCUGUUGUGGAUAUCUGAUCUUCCCAUUAGUCCACAUUUGUUUCUUUAUCAUGUUAUCUUGUAUACAUGAGAGGAAGCAGUAUUCACCCAUUAUACCAAUCCUACCAUUAUAAACACUGUCUGCAGAUUUUUCUUGUGUUCCAAACAUCCAUUCAUUUCAGUCGAAAGAGGUUUGGCAAGUCAGAUGAGUGAAACAGUUUUGUUUUUUCCUUUAAGAGGAAGUCAAAUGCAUCUGUAUAUAAAAACGCUGUGUGUUUGAUUAUUAUGAGUAGAAAUGUAUUUCUUUAUUUCACCCUCUGUCAGGGUUUGAAGUUUCCUUAACCGAUGGCUUGUCUUUUAUAAAACCAGAGUGCAAGUUAUCCUUUACUAGAUGGAUCUUUUUCAUACUAUAGCCACUAGAGAAGUUAAAAACUGUGUAAUUUAUUAAUGGGGAUUAUGCUUUUUUAAUGAAUUUCAGUUUUUCAGUUACCACUGUUGGUUGCUUUUGUGUAUUUUUCUUUGUUUAGCUUCCACCUAUUGUUACCGUGGUUUUGUUGGAUACAGGUGGUCCUAAUGUUUUGAAUCCACUACCACAAACUCUCAAUCCUUGGAGGGAUUUUAUUACUUUUUUCCUUCAAUGUAGUGGAAAAAGUCUCAAUAAAAAUUCUUAGCAGUGGUUGGACGGCAUUUCAAACAUUAGGCAAUUGGUCAUAAAUUACAAUCAAACCUUUUGAUUUGUUUUUGUUCUUUGUUUUUAGUUUUGUUUUUUAAUUCAGUUCAGUUUUUGUUUUGGGUUUUUUGUUUUGUUUUGUUUUUUAACAAAACACAUAACAAAACAUUUGCCUUGAGGUGCUUUAUAUUUCAAGGCAAAGACUUUAGUAUUAGAGAGAAAACCCCAACAAUCACAUGACGCCCUAUGAGCGAGCACUUGGUGACAGUGAGAACGAAAAACUCCCUUUUAACAGGAAGAAACCUCUUGCAGAACCAGGCUCAGGGAGGGGCGGUCAUCUGCCACAACCGCUUGGGGUAAUGGGAGGAAGAUGGAACAAAAAGAGUAUACAUUUAUGGCGUAUACAUAUUAAAUAUUUCAAAGUUUGGUAGUGGACAAACCUUAAAGCAGCACUGCAUGUCAAUAAAUAUUUUAGUUUAUUUCUGCCAGAUUUCAUUCCUCCUUACCCAAGUUUUAUUUCAUAUAGAAUAACUGAGACACUUGUUGCAGGAGCUGCAAAAGUUUUAGUAUUGUUGAAUGAAUAUAGCCUCUUCACAGUAUUUGUUUCUCAUCACUGAAGAAGUGGAUAUCUGUGCUGAUUGUCUGUGCUCAUGUACAUUAGCAUCUGAAGGGUACAGUAACAUAUCAACUGGUUAUUUUAUUUCAAAAUGUGUGCAGUGCAUUAAACAGUGGCCCUAACGUGAAGCCUGUUUCCACUGAGAGCUCGUCUGUAUUUGCUUUUAUUGGAAUAUUCAGCUGGGGAAAAAAAUGCUUCACAUGGUAAAUCCUGACCAAGAGAGCAUUAUUUAAAUUUUGUCACAAAUAUGAUUGUUAGUAAUUAUUAUUUGAACUUUAUUUGGGAGUCAACUGGUGUUAAACACUCUCCUCUAGUUUUGCUUCUGUAUGACAAAAGCUUUGUCUGCUUUGCUUUACUGGUCACCUGUCUUGAAAUUAAAAUUGUUUUGGACAUGUGAUCUCACACUGUAAUAAAAAUUUGUGAUUGUA